GGCUAAAUUGUGCUGGACCUAAUUAUUAAUGAACUGAUGACAGCAUUGCGUAAGAAGUAUAGAGUCAACCUGCUUGACGGCAUUUUUUAUUAUAGAACUGUUUAUACGUUUGGGUAAGAGAUCACAGACAACACCCACAAAUAUAGCGACACCGACGCAGAUCCGCACAAUGCCGAACAGAGGCUUCUUCUUUUCUCACAUAGGCUGGUUGAUGAGCAAAAAGCAUCCUGCUGUCAUUGAGAAGGGAAAAACUAUCGAUAUGUCCGAUUUGGAAGCUGACUGGUUGGUGAUGUUCCAGAAAGAGUACUACAAGCCACUCUACGUAAUCUUUGCUAUAGCUAUACCGGUUGCUAUACCAGUGUGGCUUUGGAACGAAACUUACUACAACUCCUUCUUCGUGUGCUACAUGUUCAGGAACAUCCUGGUACUCAACGUCACGUGGUGUGUCAAUAGCUUGGCGCAUUUGUAUGGAACCAACCCUUUGAUAAGUAAGUUUGAUUUGGUAGAAUCCCAGUUUGUGGCGUUCAUCGCGAUCGGCGAAGGUUGGCAUAACUACCAUCACGCUUUCCCAUGGGACUACAGAGCAGCAGAACUGGGUUCCAAAUAUAACGUCACCACCUUCAUCAUCGAUGUCCUUAACUACUUUAACUUGGCUUACGAUCUGAGAAGUGCUCCGUACAAGAUGAUCGAGAAACGAGCUCUGAGGACUGGAGAUGGAACACACCAGGUGUUUGGCUUCAAGAAGAUCUGUGAAGAACAAGACGCCAAGGAUCUCGUCGCAGAAGCUGAAAAUGGUGAAAUGUAUGAAAUCAACAAAGAUGUUAACAAGGAGGUUAACAAGGAUAUCGACGAAGCUAGUCUCAGAAGCAGAGCUUCUGCUGUUGCUCAGGGUUAAAAUGUUUACGCCUUACUUGAAUGGAUAAUUAUUUGAAAUUAUUAUCACCUUCCAGUUAAGUAAUAGGUCUGCUUUGAAUAUGGUUAGACAAAGAGAGCUUAGUAUUAUAUUUAUUUCCUGAAUGAGCUCUAUUUUAGAUAUAUGGUUAUUUGAAAGCUUAAUGCUAGCAACUAUUUAUAUUGUCAAUCGUUAACUAACCUUAAGAUAAAGGUGAUAUCUAUAGAAAAAGUGUCAAGCCAACUUUGAAUAGGGUUUCUUUAAAUAUGUAAGAAGUUCUGGAAACAGUACCGUUAAGUACGAUGCGUUUUAUCUUCCCUUUUGUCACUCAACCAUAAGCAUAUCCAAAAUUCCUUUUGAUCUGUCAAGAAUUUUCAUUUCUUAAAUUGUUGCCACUAACGAAAAGGUACCAAGUAUUAUAUUCCUAUCAAUUCAUUCAUGAUAAAAUGAUGCUUCUCUUCAGUACUUGAUGCAAGUGGGUAGUAAUAAUUCUAAGAAAGCUGAUAAAAAUGGACUGUAAAUUGUUAAAAUAAUUAUUUUCUUUGACGUUGUUACAGUAGAUUGUAGUCAUUCAAUUAUAAUAAGUGUGAUAUGUAUUUGCAUUUGCAUAGUUGUUUAAAUUGUAAAUACGUCUAGCCGGAUUAUUUAUUUUAUUACAGCAUAUUGCUCAGUACAUGUGUAAGGUAUUUUUGUGAUUGUAUUUUAAUAAAGUAUUGUUUAGUU